AUGGCAAAAUCCAAGCAGUUGACAACUCAAAAGUCCGUCAAACACGUUGUUCCGAAAGUCCGCAAGAAGAAGGCCAAUGGUGAUCCCACAGGAGAUGUUGAAGACUUGGACUCGGACAAAGAAAACAACAAUUGCAUCGGCAUGUCGGGUGAUAUGAAGAAGCCCCGUGUUAUGAUCCAUUGGUCUAAGCCAGACAAUCACCACCUUACGGAUCAACUGCUUACCCUAAUCGAAGACUCGCCAUUAUGGAAGGCCGUGUUUGGCUUUGACAAGGGUACUUCUGGCUCGGCCGUCGCAACAGGCAAAGGCAAGAGCACCCUGAAGCACUGUGCCGACAUUGCUGUUGCUCUCUUUAUUGACUAUGUGGCCGGUUACGAAGCUCGAUGUGAAGAUGAACUAAUCGAUGGCAGCCCAGCUGCAAAUGUCUAUGAUGUGAUAAAAACCAAAUUUCCUUGGUAUUGUCGCAUGCAUGAACUCAUGGGCUCAAGCCCUGUCGUCAGUCGAAAGGCUGUGUCUAACAGCAAAUCUUCUAUUGACCUGACCGUCUUGGACCACAACUCCCAAGAUACUUUCGAGGACGAGUAUGAACAUGUUCCAUCAGUAUUCGAUGAGGACGAUGAUCCCCUUCAAAGUCCCCUUACUUCAAGUUCUCCGACCCCUGCUACUCCUCUUAGGGCUACAAUCAUUCUUCCGUCAAAAUGUCUCGCUGAUACACCUACCCACACCAAGUCAGCAUCAAAGAAGCGCAAAUCCGUACACGAUAUGGUCAGAGAGGUUGCUGAUGCUGAGCGUGAGGCCCGUCUCGUCAUGAACAAGAUCAAUGCUAAGGAGCGAACUGCACUCGAGCGCAUGCGGGUGGAGCAAGCUGCUGCUCAGCGAGCACAUGAGCUGGUGAUGAUUGAGAAGCAGAUCGAGCUAGAGAGGAUUCGAGCUGGUAUUCAUGUACCUAUUGACCUGCAGCUUCAUUGA